AUGAGACUGGAAACCUUCACCCGGAUGCACUUGGUCAAGUGCAACUUCCGCUCUUGUGGCCUCAUCUGUAAAAAGAGGAGGAUGAGGGCAUUGGACCCUCAGAGGCAGGUCAGAUGUGGGGCCGAGGAGGAGGGUCUUGGAAGACACGGCUUUAGAAAAGGCUUUGUGAUCUCCAUGGUGAUGGUGGCCGUGGGAGUCUAUGCCCGACUGAUGAAGCAUGCAGAAGCAGCCUUGGCCUGCCUGGCGGUGGACCCCGCCAUCCUGCUGAUUGUGGUGGGCGUCCUCAUGUUCCUGCUCACCUUCUGUGGCUGCAUCGGAUCCCUCCGCGAGAACAUCUGCCUCUUGCAGACGUUCUCCCUGUGUCUAACCGUGGUGUUCCUGCUGCAGCUGGCUGCGGGGAUCCUGGGCUUUGUCUUCUCUGACAAGGCUCGGGGGAAGGUGAGUGAGAUCAUCAACAAUGCCAUUGUACACUACCGAGAUGACUUGGACCUGCAGAACCUCAUUGAUUUUGGCCAGAAGAAGUUCAGCUGCUGUGGAGGGAUUUCUUACAAGGACUGGUCCCAGAACAUGUAUUUCAACUGCUCGGAAGACAACCCCAGCCGUGAGCGCUGCUCUGUGCCUUACUCCUGCUGCUUGCCUAUUCCCGACCAGACAGUGAUCAACACUAUGUGUGGCCAAGGAAUGCAGGCCUUUGACUACCUGGAAGCUAGCAAAGUCAUCUACACCAAUGGCUGUAUUGACAAGUUGGUCAACUGGAUACACAGCAACCUCUUCUUACUUGGUGGUGUGGCACUGGGCCUGGCCAUCCCCCAGCUGGUGGGAAUUCUGCUGUCCCAGAUCCUCGUGAAUCAGAUCAAAGACCAGAUCAAGCUCCAGCUUUACAACCAGCAGCACCGGGCUGACCCGUGGUACUGAGUUCUGUCCUGCACCUCCUCACCAUGGCAACAGGCAAGCCUCACCAACACAGCGGCCCCCGGAACAGUACCACAUGGAGACGUGGAUGCCAGCCCCCCAUGGCAGCCCAGUGGGCAGGAGUGGACCCCAGAUGAGCGGGUGGCAGGGUGCACAGGUGCUCGUCUCAGGAGGAUGCACUCCUCUCCCUGUCCUGACCCUCGACCUCGCUCCAGAGUUAUAACCCCAAGCCUUUGAGUUGAUGUUUGAGGUUUUGCUGGGCAGACA